UUUAACGUCACCAACUUUUUCCUGUUUUUGCUCAAAUCUGAUUUUUUAAUUACGUUGUCAGCUUCCUUCAUCCUUGAGUCUCUCACAAGCCUUUCUCUCUCCAGAGCCGACCUAAACUGUAGUUAUUAUUUAUUUCGAAAUUCUGAUCAAUCCAACUGUAACUAUUUCAUCUGUUUCCGAGUUUAAGUAAUAGAAUAUACUAGUAGAAAUAAGAAUAGAGAAUGGAAAUGGAGAAGGGAGGAGUUUCGUCGUGGGAAACAUUGAACGGUGGAGAAGAUGUAUAUAGUUCUAAAGAAUCAGAUGCUUCCACAGCCGAUCAUCUUGUUAUGAUGGUCCACGGUAUUCUCGGAAGUGCUUCGGAUUGGAAGUUUGGUGCGGAGCAGUUUGUUCGGAAUCUUCCAGACAAAGUUUUUGUUCAUUGCAGUGAACGUAAUAUGGCUAGACUAACGCUGGAUGGUGUGGAUGUAAUGGGCGAGCGAUUAGCUGAGGAGGUUCUUGAUGUCAUCAAAAGAAAGCCAGGUUUGAAGAAAAUUUCUUUUGUUGCACAUUCUGUUGGAGGAGUAGUGGCAAGAUAUGCAAUUGGGAAAUUAUAUAGACCUCCACGAACGGAGAAAAUAGAGAAAUUCUCGGCCAACGCCAGUGAAGAAGGGUCAAAAGGCACAAUAGCUGGCCUGGAACCAGUAAAUUUUAUCACUGUGGCCUCACCUCAUCUGGGUUCUAGGGGUAACAAGCAGGUGCCAUUUCUUUUUGGUGUAACUGCCUUUGAGAGAGCUGCUGGUCUUUGUGUUCAUUGGAUAUUCAAGAAAACGGGUCGACACCUUUUUCUUAAUGAAGAUGAAGGGAAGCCUCCAUUACUGAGACGGAUGGUGGAAGAUGAUGUUGAAUUACGCUUUAUGUCUGCAUUGGGUUCAUUCAAGCGAAGGGUCGCAUACUCAAAUGUUGGUUAUGAUCAUAUUGUAGGUUGGAGAACAUCGUCAAUUAGACGUAAUAAUGAACUUCCCAAGUGGGAGGAUUCCCUAAAUGAGAAGUAUCCUCAUAUUGUGCAUGAAGAACAUUGCAAGGCGUGUGAUAGUGAGCAGGGUGAGUCUGUUGUAAAGGAAGAUGAUUGUUUUGACAAGCUAGAAGAGGAAUUGGUGACUGGUUUAUCUCGGGUGUCUUGGGAGAAAAUAGAUGUCAGCUUUCACAGCAGCAGGCUCAGAUUUGCUGCACACAGUGUUAUUCAGGUACUAUACAGCAUCAAGGGCAUUUGUGCACAGAUUGCUGACUAAUUAGAUUUGCAUUGGUAAUUUGUUGACCUGGAGAGUGGUCAUGAUGGGAAGAGCUUGUGUAAGAUGACACCCUUGUAACGUGGUAGUGAAUCCUCUUCUGCAAGCUACCCCAUGGUUCAUAUUUUUGGAAGUUAAUAACCAGCUAUGCAAAAGGCACUAACACAGUAUCACAACUAUAUUAGUUGAUGUCUGAAUGCAGUUGGGACAAAGAUGUGUUCUAUGUUGACUGAAUCUGGUAUUUGUUAGUAUUCGAUGGUGACUGAAUCUGGUGUUCGUUAGUAAUGCUGAUCUUAGGUCAUCGGUGUUGCUUAUCAUGGGGUUGAGCAUGUCAUUUACUUAAUAAAUCCUGUAACUGAAUGGCUUUUAAAAAGAAGAGGAGGCACUUGGAGAAUGAAUAUAGGUGUUAGGGAAGAGCAAGCUUUGGAUUUGUCGUAUUGCUUGACAUUUUAAAUUUCCUAAUACAAUUCCUCAUCAAAAAAAAAAAUUCCUAAUACAAUUCUUGGAGUUUUAUAUUCUAUGCCUAUAAUGUUUGAGAUAGAAUUCAGACUUAAAAACGUAUGUAUAUUCCUCGGAUUUAUGUGCCUGUUUCAAAAUUGAGAUCCUUCUGUUGCCAAUGAUGUCGCAUAUUAAAAGACUUAAAAACGUAUGUAUAUUCUUCAUGCUUAUUAAGUUAAAGUUUUUAA